AUGAGUGAUAGGCAGAAAGGCUUGAUUAAUGCUGUGGACGAUAUGUUCCCUGAUUCAGAGCAUAGGAUUUGUGUACGACACUUAUACCAGAACUUCCAUGCCAAUUGGAAGGGUGAAACAUUGAAGAACCAGUUGUGGGCAAUAGCAAGAAGCAACAACAUGGCUACAUGGAAUAAGAACAUGGAAAAGAUGAAGGAGAUGAACCUAGAAGCAUGGGCAUAUUUGGAUGGCCUUGCCCCUAACACAUGGUGUAGGGCAUUUUUCGAAGAAUUACCUAAAUGUGAUCUACUCCUCAACAACAGUUGUGAGGUCUUCAACAAAUGGAUACUUGAUGCAAGGGAGUUACCAAUUCUGAGCAUGUUGAGGAAGAUCAAGGCGCAGUUGAUGACAAGAUGGUAUACAAAUAGAAAGCAAUGUGAGGAUGACUCGUCUCAACUACCAAUAUGCCCAAAGAUCAAGAAAAACUUGACAAAAACAUUGAAUGGGCAAAAAGUUGCCAUGAACGUCCUACUGGCAAAGGUGUGUCCAAGAGAUCCAGCUGAGUGGCAGAAAACAAAUGGUCCUCCGGUAGAACCUCCAAAGUAUGAGAAGAAGGCAGGCAGGAAAAAGAAGAAGAGAAUAGUUCACCCUUCGGAGAAGGAUGAAGGCACUAGGUUUAGCAAGCAUGGAGUAAUAAUGCAUUGUAGUGUCUGCAACUCCACAGAACACAACAGAAGAAAAUGCACUGUACUACAUCCAUCUGAUAGAGUGCCUGCACUAGAAAAACUACCUGUGAGAAGAAAUUUGCUUCAAGCACCUACUGCACAGGACUUCCAAUGCACUGAGAUGACCAUCACACAGAUACCUGGUGAGGAUAGUUCACACACAUGCUCGGUGAUGUCAACAUUAUUCCAAGAGGUCGAAGCAUCUCAAGUAACACCUGAUGCACCACCAGGACCACCUCCUGAGUGCUCUUUCAUUGCAUUGAGGAAAGAUGAGCUGCCAGUGCCCAGGGCUACAACCAGUGCACAAUUUCUGAAGAAAAAGCUACAAACUAAGAAGAAAAAGACAACUCCUAAAGCAGCUGUUAGGCAAGCCUUUGUGCCUCCUAGAGCAACCACUCAAGCCUCCCAAACAGAUGCUGCUGUUGGCGUAACUGAAGCAGCAAAACAGGCCAGAAGAACAAAGGCAAAGAAAGUGCCUAAAGAUUAAUGCAUAGAGAGAAAAGCUCCUUGAGGUGUUGAAGGAAACCUGAGAUCAUGCCCAUGUCUUGGCUGUAGGUUUUGAUCCACACCUUGUAAUAGCGUAUGGAGUGCAUAUGUGUCUUUUGUGAACAACCUGUUUUGAUAGAUGCUACUGUCCCUCUCUUUUGGAUGCACUCCUCUUUUGUGACAAAACUUGUUAUGCAUUCAGCUAAUCAAUGAUGACUGAUUUCAUGCCAAUUAUGUAUGUCUUUUGUGAACAACCUGUUAUGAUAGUGCUUGUUAAAAAUGUGAUGAAAUGCUUGCCAAAAUUUGUCAUGCUUACACAUUCUGGGAAUAUUGCAAAGCACAUUCUGGAAAUAUUUCAUCAUGUCAUCGCUACAUGCACCAUACAUUGUUCACUGACAAUGUUUCUUGCACAUUUGGCAACUAAAAACACAUUUCAGCUCCUACAUUAUUACAACAACAUACAAGUUCACGGCGAGAAUCAUGGUACAAACAAGCAAAAUCUUCCAACCUAUGCCGACAACAAGAUCCAACUGAAGCUUGAUAUCUUCAGCAAUCUGGCUCAUCUGAUUUCCUGGAAUGUUGCUAAUCUUCUUGACCACACUUUCUGCCCUGCUAUCUUUGUCUAUGAAACUAGCACGAAUGUCUAUGAAACUAUCUUUGUCAUCUCCCUGUCCAGAUAGGGCUUGGAAAUAAUUGCAAUGUACCCCACCUCCUCUUCAGCAAUAUUAUAACCAUGGCA